CUUCUCUCUGAUCUGAGUUCUCAGCGUGAUUAUAUAUCGGAUUCAUCGUAUUGAGUCUCAAGAUCACUAUCCUGAGUCUGCCCAAAAUCUUUCUAAUCUUGAAUUCCGUAAAUCCAUCGAUUGAAAGUCCUUUAUUCAGCUACUUCGUUGUUACUUUACCCAGUCAUCAUGCGCGCGAAGGCGAUCGAGAUUCGUUGGCACAAUACCAAGUCAAUAUAUUCAACUGAUUUCCAACGAACACCCCCAUCGAAUUUGGAUGAAUUGUUUCCCAAAAAGUCUCAUCCAUAUGCUAAAUCGGAGCAUGACAAGUUGGUCGAGCAAUACGAGAAAGAAAAUGGGUUCGGUAAAGUGUGGCGCCUGGCUACCGCUGGAGGUGAUAAUAUGGUCAUGAUGUGGCUCGUGUAUCCUAAACCUACAAUGGCUCAAAUGGCGCACCAUCGAGCUGUGCACCAAGUCUCGACGCAAUCAUCAGGUUCUGCUUCGGCUACGAGCAGCACAGGUCCCGUUGAACAUCAGAACGCGCCUGUGGUCGAGUACCUGUCUACGCUGGCAAAACAUCAAGGUGUAGUGAAUGUGGUACGGUUCUGCCCCAAAGGCGAAAUGCUUGCGUCCGGUGGUGAUGGCAAGUUUAAUUUGCCUCCUGAUACUUUUCAUACUUGGCCUCAAAUCUUGAGCAGAAAGCUACACGCAAUGUCGCUGGAAUGGUACGCUCACUUACUUUAUCGUGACAGACGGUAAUGUGUUACUCUGGGUACUUUCGACUGCAUCUACG